UUUCAGCACAGGACAUUAGAAAGCUCCGCUUGGACUCUGUUCCAGAUUCGGUUGACGGCCUGAAACUGGUGUUGAAAAACAAACUGCAGUUAUGCUCUUCAUUUGACCUUCAAUAUGAAGAUGAGGAUUUCAAAGACUUCUGUAACCUCACGUGUGUUGAUGAUCUACCAAAGGACAAGUUGACAUUGCAAGUCGUUUUCUGCCCUAUCUCUUCAGACUCAAGUUUGGACACUUUUAGCCCUGCUGUACCAUCAUCUCUGGCAGCAUCCUCUUUAGCUCAUUCAUCAUCUCCGACGACAUCCUCUUCAUUGAGCAGCCAAACAGAGUGCUUUGCAGGUCGGCGUUCACAGCAAUGGCCAGCUUAUUUUCCCAUUCCCACCUUCUCAUAUGAUGUUGAGCUGAGGCUCAGGCAGGGCAAUGAUGCUUUUAGAGAAAGUGGAGCACUUCUAUCGAUUUCAAGGGACAUGAAGUCUGAGAUUCUGCUCAAACUUGCUGAAACAAUAUAUUCAUUCAUGACCUACCCUACACUUGCACAUUUUGGAUGUGUAGCUAAGGCACUUGUUGAAAAACAUCCUUGCCUUACAGAACCUGGCUCCACAUCUGGAUGGUAUGGAUGGAAACAUAGCAUAAAGUUCAAGAUGGGCAAUUACAGACAGAAAUUGAAAAGUGUGGGUUGCCGAGAACUGGAGGUUAAUUCUGAGAAAAGAGGUGCUGGGGACACGCGAGGGAAGAGAAACAAAGUGAAGAAACCUAGGCGGUCUGAAACAAAUUUUCUUCCAGAUCUCCCACAGGGAAGAGACAGCAGAAGUCUUGAAGAAGAUCGAGAAAAGAUGGUCCAGGAGAUGAAAAAAACAACCCCAAACCUGACCUAAAUCGAUGAUGCAAUGAAUGCCACAUAUGCACUGAGAAGACAGGAGAUCGUUGAAGAGGAGCCACCUGUGGACGAAAUGAGAGUCAGACGGCCUGCCCUUUUUACGGAAAGACAGAUCGCCAAGGAAUUCACCAGGCUCACUUCAAUGGACAUCAAUAAAUUCUAUGAGGGUCUGGACAGCCAUCUGCAUAAACUUCUUCAGUUAUUCCGGUUGAAGCGCUUCGAGGAAGUUCAAGACAUGACAUCCUUAAUGGAGAGUCUUGACAAGGAUGCAUCUAACCAAAGGAAGAGAGCGGCAGCUUUGCAGGGUCUGCCAUGGUACAUGAAGGAAAAUCCUUCUACAUUGAUGAAGAGAUGUGAGCCAACAGAUCCUGGGGAGGACUUCAUCAAAGGAAUGGUGAUUGGAAUCCUUUUGGUCGUUGAAGAUGUUAAAGAGCCCCUUCCAGUUUCCUACAACGAUGUUGCCAUUGUCAUUGAGGAAAAGAUUGUCAUGCAUCAUCUUGGUGAUGUACCCAACGCUUUUGUGAACCUGAUGGGCCUGCUGUACAUGCUGAACCUUGACUAUCCAAAAGAGAUAAAAUAUACUUUUGAGGUGAUUCAGCGCCUUUUCAUGGGAAUCGGGUCUGAGAUGUGCACUCCCAGGGUCCACUCUCUAAAGAAUAAACUGCUCAGUUAG